AUGCUCGCCGAACGCGGCGGCGGUGUGUCACCUAUGGGGCCCAUUUCGCAAAGCCGUCACGCGGCGCUCGGCAUGUGGGGCGCACACGACAUCGCCGCUUCCGCCGUUUUAAGCACAACUGAACGGUCAAACUGCCACGGUCUAACGAACACCGGCCCCACUAUGGGAAUAAGGUCGCCAUUUGUCAUAGACGCACAAUGGCCGAUUGAAGCCCGCUACCUACAUGAAUAUGCAAUCGCGCCCGUAGCGUUCGGCUACGUUUAU